AUGUCUCGCUCCCAGGCCUACGCCUUUCUCAUCCUCCUGGCCGCUUUACCUUCGAUAUCUAUGGCCUCACCUGUCUCUCACCUUUAUAAACGUGACAUGACCACCGGCGCCAAGGCUGGUCUGGGUGUUGGUGUUGCUGUCGCCGCAAUCCUAGUGAUUGGACUGAUUACAUUUUUCGCCAUUCAUUUCCGACGUUCUCGACAUUUGGCAAAGAUGAACCAGGAACGCGCCAUCCUCGCAGGCGAGAAGAAUAAAGACGGCUCAGACAAGGUCGACAAAUUUGCGCCUGCCCCAGACCAGUCAGCAAUGCCACGAAGAAACAAGUCUGUAAAAGAUCGACUCAUGGGGCCUCUAUACCGUGGCAGCACAAUCGAUCUCAUGCCCGUUCCAAAGGCUCACCUUGGCAACCAAAACCGAAGCAGCACUGCCACCGUGGAGGGAGCCCACUGGGAUAGUGUUGAUGGACAACCUUUCUUGCACAAACCCUGGGCAAAUGGUGAGAGCUCACCGAGACCCAGCUUCAGCAGCAAGAGAGCCACAAGAAUGAUGAUGAUGAUGUGA